AUGUCAGUUUACGUUUUAUAUCAAGACAAGAGGUGGUGUUAUUGUGAAAAGAAAACUUUGUCAUUAGAUUAGAUCAGUGUUUUAAGCUUAAAGUUUAGCUAAUUAUUAUUUUAGUGCGUUGCAUAAUGAAAACUAGCCAUUAAUUAAUCUAAUCGCAAUAAAUCUCAUGUUGUUACUAUGAUGGUCGAGUAAUUUGGGAGUUGUGUUUGGGCAACUUUGGGUGAUUUUUGCCAGGUAUUAUGGUUGAGCAUGGCAUAGUGUCUUAAAAGAUUGCAAAAAUAUCAAACAAACAUGCUUUACGUAUUUCAUGUGGACGCUGGUCAGAUGACCACAUAUGAUAUGAACCUGACCUUACAAAGCGUGGCCAGCUUAAAAGCAGCCAUAGAGAGGAAAACCAAAAUCCCAGCGUCCUCUCUAGUACUUCUUGUAAGUGGGGGAGAGGUGUUGCAGUCCGACCAUAUGGUCUCCUCUUACAGUGCUGGCACAGACACUAACCCAAUAUACAUGUUUAGCAAGCCUUCUGUAAAGGAAAGCCACUUAAAUAAACAGUCAAUGUGUGACCUCAGUCCAAUAAUGGAACUAGAAAGUACGGGUGAGUUCAGAAGUGACAUCCGCAGUGCCUUUGAAGGCAAAUCGGUUGCUGAACUGAAGAGUGGAGUAGAGAAGUGUUGCUCCUCACUACCAAAUGUUCAUACUGUGAUAUCCUGCGCUACCUUAGCGGAGCAGUUUAGCGACCUGGCGCAUGAAGUGUCCAGGAGUUGUGACCAACUUGUACAUGAACAGCAUUUACAGCAUCAGGGUUGGGCGGCGGUCGUAGCAAAUCUAGAAGACAUCUAUAGCGAAUAUUGUGAGAGAUCAACAAGUUUCAAGGAAUCUUUCAAAAAUCAACGACAGAAAAAGGAAGAUUAUCACGAAAAAUUAAAUACAUUAAAUGAUGUGCUGAGAUCUUUGGGCAAGAUUCAAAUACUCCCUGUUCUUCAGUUGAAUGCAGAAGCGCACAGGUUCUCUGGUUUCGACAUAUUCGAGGAGACAGAGUUAGAAGGCCCACAUUAUAAGUAUAACGUACCUUUAGAUAGCAGCUCGGAGAACAGAACUGCAGAUUUUGGAACUGGAGUGUUUAAAUUGUCUGAGGAAGAUGUGUUUGAACAAAGACACGCUUCGACCAGUAAUGAAGGAGCGACGUCGUCAGAGGCCGGGCAACCAGUUGAAGAGUCUGAAGAGGGGGAAUCAUUUAAAGUGGCGUCCGUCGAGAGCAAGAAAGAGUUCACACUCCUGCACUGGAUCCUGGCGCAAGGGAAUGAAGACUCCUUGCAAGACAUUCUCGAUUAUUGCCAGAAGGGACUGGCCUUGAUUGACGCCGAGCCCUUAAAGGAACGGGAAGAAGAACUGUAUCACAUAUUGGAGUAUGCGAACGUGCACGGUCUCAAACAGAUAAAAGGCAUUGAGGACCGCUUGUACGGGCUCGAUCAGCUGAAAAGCGAAGUGAAAAGAAUCGAGCGGGAUCAACACAAGCAAGCUGCUUCUUUAAUUCAGUAUCGCGACCGUUUAAAUUCGGCCUGCGAUCCGUCCGUUUUGCCCACGCUGAUGGAGUCUCAUCGCUGCCAGCUGGACAAGCUGUUGGAAGGUCAUCAACAGCUGGUUGACAUCAGGAGACGCAUCGCCAAAUCCAAGGAUGAACUGUCGCAUAUAUUGAAGGCUAGACUGGAGGCGGUGCUGCUGAUCGAGAACUCGAUGUCGGUGCAGGACGCGCACGCCAUGCUGUCAUUCCAGUGCUUCAACCGCCUCGCGCGCUACUUCGCCAUCGUGGCGCAGCUGCACCGCGCGCCCGCGGUGUUCGUGCGCGCCGUGCACGAAGUCGUCCGGCGGCGCACCUUCUCGCAAGCGCAUCUUAAGUGGGCAACAGACCUGGCACAAAAACUUUUCAAAAUUCACGAGGAAGAAGUUAAUCGGCGUCAAGAAUUCAAUGCCCAUUUUGACGACCACUUUCUCAAAAGCUUAUUCCCCGGAAUGACGGACCUCCCACCUCCCUUCGCGACGCAGGCACCGCCGCCUUUUGAUGUGAAGCUACCAGCACUCACAAACGAAGAUGUAGAAUUUAUAUCAAACGUCUUUCCGGAUCUUGCAAGCGAAAUACCUAAAUAUGACAUGGAUGCUGCUGUCAAAUUUUUUCGACAAAGGCUUAGUUCUUCUGAACAUGAGGAAAAAGAUGCCGAUGUUCAAGUUGAUUUUGAGAAAGACUUUGAGUCCGAAACAGAAACGGAAUUCGAGAAGCUAAGUGGACAAGGUGGACCUGAAAAGCAGAAAAUGGACAUUUCAACAAGUUGCGUUCCCUCGACCAUGGCAGUAUCCACAGUGACUGAGGAUAACAUGGACACCUACAAAAUGAACAUCGAAAAAUUGCAAGAUUUUCUUGUGAAACUCUUUAGUUUGUGCAAAGUAAAUAUAGUUUUAAUAAAAGACGAGCUUGUAAAACUUAAGAGAGAUAUAAAUGAACAAAAGAAUUUUGUCAGUCAGAAGUAUAUAGAAAUCACUGAAGUUUGGGAAAAGGGUUGUGAAGAGACUGAAUUAAGGUUUCGUGAGCAAACUCAGAGGUUAACAGUAGAUCACGAAUUAGAAUUAAGUGACAUGAAGGCAUCUUUAAAUGAGAAAGAUGAUUCAAUAAGUAUAUUAAAGAAAGAGAAAGAAGAACUAAUAUUAGCUCAUAAAAAGGAAAUAGAAAAAUUAGACGUAGAUCAUCAAGCGACAAGAGACUUGCUCGAAAAAACUCGAGAAGAGAUAGACGCGUUUGACAAGAAAUUAAAAGACUUUGAAGUUCAGAAGCAAAAAGAGUUUAAAGAGAUACAGGAGAAGAUGCACCUUGAGUACAAAGCAGAAAUUGAAUCCCUACGAUCGAGGUUCCGAUUAGUAGCUUUAACGAACAACAUGGAUCGUUCCCCAUCGGAGUCUAGUCUAGAAAAAAUAGAGAGAACAGAUGUGAUCGAGAUCAGCAACCACAACGCUAUUGUGAUGCAGACCAAGGAAAAUGCAGAAGUGGAAAAAGAGCAGGCUGUUAAAGAGGCAGUUGAGAAGUGUAAGACCGAGUGGGAACAAAAGUUAAAUGCCGAGAUAUCUUUGUUGAAAGCGAAGUAUGAAGCAGAGAAACAGGUGACGAUAAACGAAGUGACGCGGAGGUUACUGACGGAGAAGGACCGGCAGCUGGAGCUGCUACGGGAGCGCGAGCAGGCGCUGACGCGCGAGUGCCACAAAUACCGCGACACCAUACAGCAGCUGACCGACCCCGAGACCAACGACUAUGAUAACCUACUCAAAACUCAGUUUGCGACACUUGAAAACGAGAAAGCAGUGCUUCAGCAACAAGUUGCGGAUCUGAAGAAGGAAUUAGACAAGAGAAAUGAUGAGGCAGAUAAGAGCAGAGAAGAUGAUAGUGAAGGCAGGUCGUCACCAAAGAAGGAGGAAGGCAAGCGGUCGCGGACGCGCUGUCACACGCCGCUGGGGCUGGCCGGCGGCACGCUGAGCCUGUCGUCGUGUCUGCCCGGACACACCGUGCUCGUGCUGUGGGACCCUGCGCAUCUCAACUACACCGUUAUGCAGGAAGCGUCGAUAAUGUACUUCGUGCACAGCGACUGCCUGGCCGCUCUGGAUCUCAGCAUACACGUGAAAAACGAAAGCGAACGGCGCCUCUACGCGGUUGCCACGGUCGAGUCCAAGGAAUACUGCUAUGCUAAGAAGAGUGGCAACCGGUAUCAGAUGCCUCGCGGUUCGCGCUUCUACCGAGUGUUCGUGAAACCGCUGAAGCCGCACCCGCCUCACCCGCCGUGCUGCGACCAUCGCCACAAGCAGGAUGCAAUGGCGGGCAGCGUCCUCUCCAUGCUGAGCGGCACGCGACCGCUCAAGAAAUGGUUGACCUACAUGCAUGCCCCAGAUAUGCAGAAAUCGGUGGACACUAGUCAGUCUACGAGUUCGAACACCGACGAAACGAGUCGCGUGGAAGUGGCCACUGCUACGCUAAUCAAUCUGGAGUCUCCCGUGUCGACGAGUGAAGGGGCCGCCGCGCCUGGCGUUCCUUCCGAGGACCAGUUGGAUUCCAUCGAGGCGAGUGAGCAGUGGCAGACUGCGAGGCUGCAAGCUUCUACGACUAGUGCCGUUACUGACAUGGAGUGCAGCGUGGGGCGGUGUCCGGGCCCGGAGCCCGAGCCGGCGGGCGCGGCGCCGCCGGGCGCCGAGUUGGCCGAGGAGGCGACGCCCUGACGACCCCCGCGCCCCGCGCCAUCUCGCGAACACUGAGACUUGCUUCUGUUAUAUAGGGCUGCUAUAUGUCUUUGACAGUUGUUUAAUCCUCAAGUAGACAUACACAAAGGUAAACAUAUUAUUCUAUUUCACGACGACAGUUCGGCUAUGUUUGUGUGAGUGGACACGUACACAUUAUUACAGUGUGCGUGGCACUCAGGCUAUGAUCUGUACAACGCACUUUGACUUUGCUCAGACUUAAGAUAUGUACUGCUAAAACGGGACGGCGUUAUAUCACUAACAUAAAUCUGUCUCGUUUUGACUGAAGCUUAAAUCUAAGCAAAGUCAAAGUGCGCUCUAUAGAUCUCAGUUUCAGUUUCGAACGCGUCGUGGUUAACGUGUCGCACACAAACGCGUUAACGCGUAUCGAUACACCUACUGCUACAACCAAGGCUGAGCGGUGUUCAUGAAAUAGAAUAACUGAACCUAUAUUUAUGCUAUACAGGUUGUGCGCAAACUGCCGACUUAUAUCUAAAAACU